AUGACGUACAAGGAAGCAGAUGUAGUCACCCUUUUGAAGAUCACAAUUGAAGAUCCCAAGGAUGAUUACGUAAUUUUGAAGGAACCGGAGGUGUUGGGCAGUGGUAAUGGCCGCGGAAGCGUCGGUUGUUGUUCACUGCCUUCUUCUUCCUCGUCGUUGAGGAGUUGUAGUAGUGUUGGUGAUGGAUUUUGGUGCUCUCGUUGGUGGUGGUCGAAGCUCAUUCUUGUGUUAAUCUUCUUGGAUGUUGUGGGGAUUCAUCCAAGUGCUCUAAAGCAUGGCGGAAACCCUUUGGUGGCAUGCUGCAUCUCUGCUGCUAAAAAAGCAACUGGAAGUUCUCGAGUUGCACAUGCAAAAGGAAUAACAGUGGAUGCUGAAUUAGGCAGAUUAUCUAGAACUAAAGAUGAUUUGACUGUAGAAGACUAUGAUGCAAAGUUGACCGAUGUAAAUCAGGCUCAAGAGUUCAUUGAUGACACUGGUAUUGAUGCUCUAGCAGUGUGUACUGCUAAUGUUCAUAUGAAGUACCCUGCAAGUGGGCCAAAGCUUCGGCUUCAGUUGCUUAAGGUAGUGGAGGGUUUUAAAGGAGUACGUUCUUGCAAUAAAAUUGAAUCAUUGUCAUCUGUGAAAUUAAAUUUGUUAAAGUCUAUUACCAUUACAUCUAUUUUCUUGGCUGAUUCUUAUCUUUCUCUGUUAGGCAAAUUAAAUUUUGAUUGA